GUUCACAUCGUUAACUCACCGUUCCAAACACACAGUUUUCACAGCAAAGUAGAAAUGGCCUGCAAAAAGAAGACCAAGCUGUGGGAAUCAAUGGCCAAGGAUGAAAUGAAGACCACCACACAGGCGAUGCUCGAGGAGGGUGCCAAGGGGCUAAGGACCAUUUCCACGCAGGAGAAAAAGCUGGUCAACUUUCAGUCGUUCAAUAUGGAUGAUCCCCGUUAUGGAGUCUCCGAUAUCGAUGACAUAAUGGAACCCCCCAUGUUGUCCAGCUACACUCGACAAUAUUCUCAACCCUAUCCAAAUCGCUGCAAGCCGCUUGAUCCAAAAACCGAAUCACCAGAUCCGGUCUUCAAUCGCAAGCCCAAAAACGAUUUUGAGUUUACUACGGGUCUGGAUUUCAAGUUCCUGGAUGAUCACAUGCAUAAUCUUUCCGAAACGCGCAAGAAAGUCAACUUCUUCAGGCAGUUGAGAAAUCAAUCUUUUAUUCUGUACUAAAAUGCAAUUACAAACGUCUGAAUAAAAAAAGUUAAUUAAUGCACUUCA